AAACGUUACUGCCUAAGGCGUGAAGAUACUGCCCCACAUCAGCCACACUUCCACACCUCAGGCACUCAACAGGUCCCAAGGCAUCAAGGCACAAAUCCUGGGAAGCCUCAAUCCCGUGACCCGCCUCGCUUAAGGGCAUAGGGCUCCCACACAAACCCGACACAACCUCAUCCCGAGUGAGCGAGAGACCCCGGUGCCUUUACGACGACAACCAACCCCGAUAACCAAAAAAAUCCGUCAAGAUGGUCAAGAAGAGGGCGAACAACGGUCGCAACAAGAACGGCCGCGGCCACGUCAAGCCCGUGCGCUGCUCCAACUGCGCGCGCUGCACCCCCAAGGACAAGGCCAUCAAGAGAUUCACCAUCCGCAACAUGGUUGAGUCCGCUGCCAUCCGUGAUAUCUCCGACGCCUCCGUCUUCACUGACUACGCCGUCCCCAAGAUGUACCUCAAGCUGCAGUACUGUGUCUCCUGCGCUAUUCACGGCAAGAUCGUCCGUGUCCGCUCCCGGGAAGGUCGUCGCAACCGUGCCCCUCCUCCUCGCAUCAGGUACAACAAGGACGGCAAGAAGCUGAGCCCCCCUCAGGCCGCUAAGGCCAACUAAGGGAAAGGAAAUGGAAUGAAUCAUUAAUCACUUUUUUUUCCUCGAAAGAGAACAAAAAUGGAAUUAGUUUGAAAAAGGGCCAAUUCCUACUCGGCGUAACGCUUUUCUCUCGAUCAUGUGUGCUUGAUGAAACCAUCUUUUUCUUUACUUUUCAAUGAACGGGAUUCAGUUACGGGGUUUGAAAAAAAAAACGGAUUAUCAAAAGUUUAAGGGACUCUCAGGAGAUAUUGUAGAUACAUCAGAUAUUGGCCCGCAGACAAAGGAGCCACGCAGUCGCAUCUCUUCCUCUUUGGAAGACAUCGAUAUUGAAUGUUUCCAUUCGGGUAAAUGCUUUAGCUACUGCCUUUGGCCCUGUAUUGCAUGUGUUGAUCAGAACAUGCUAGGCUUGCCAUGUUCUCUCAAUAUAAGCAGUCUACCCGGACUCAAGGGU